AUGCAUCCAUCUCGAAAAGCUUAUGUCGAGGAGACCGAGGAAAGUCCCACCCGAUUGCCCCGCCAGAGCUAUCUCCGGAGUCGCGCUCUGAUGAUGAACGUCCCACCGGCUCUGGACGCUGACAACACACCUGAAUCUGAGCUAACCAUUUGUGAUGUCGUACAGGAUGCGGACAUGGUCGACCUCGCCAAUUUGCGUAAGUUUUUCGAAGGCCCGUUCCUCGAUAACAGCUCCACUGACAACAUCCAUACAGCUACCGAUGAAGACUAUGAGAUUCCCGCAUCUGCGGCGGGCAUCCCAGCCGAACGAGCAUCUGCUAUUAUUUCCCAAUUCGAGCGCAAACGACGCGCGGCUGCUAUGGCGGUACCUACAGACGACACACGAGUACGCGCCAGGCUGAGAGAGCUUGGGGAACCCAUCACACUUUUUGGCGAGGGCCCAAGUGACCGACGUGAUCGAUUGCGCGAGCUCUUAACUGAUAUUUCCGACCGCCAAGAUGGCGUACCCGAAGUCCAGAUGGAAGAGGCAGAGGGAGCUGAAGAGGAAGAGCAGGAGGAGUUUUACACAGAGGGUUCCGACCAUCUCCUGGCAGCUCGCACCGAGAUCGCGCGGUAUUCGGUGCCGCGUGCCAAAGAACGACUUGCGAAGCAGAAGACAGAAUCUAAGAUCCUACUCCGAACCCACGUCCAACACCGAAAGGGUAUCAAAGCACACCUUCAACAGUACGAUAUUUCUGCGUCGACAAUCGCCUCGGAUCGGCCUGUGGGCAUCGUUCGCUUUGCGCCGGACGGAGAGACCAUUGCUGCUGGCAGUUGGUCAGGUGACAUCAAAUUGCUCUCUGCUCCGCAACUGGAUGAGAAGGCUCAUCUCAAAGGUCACACGGAUCGAGUUGGUGGCCUAGCGUGGAUUCCUGGUGCCACGCUACCAACCUCCAAUGUAUCGCCAUCCUCCGUGAAUCUUGUCUCUGGCGGCGGGGAAGGAAACCUUCAUCUAUGGUCUCUGGAUCAAGAAAAGCCUCUGGCAACACUAUCAGGCCAUUCGGCGCGUGUCUGCCGCACUGAUGUCCACCCCUCUGGACGAUACGCUGGUUCAGCCUCGUUCGACACGACUUGGCGGCUAUGGGACAUUGAGAAACAGAAGGAGCUUCUGCUACAGGAAGGUCAUUCACGAGAAGUAUUUGCCCUAUCAUUCAACGGCGAUGGCUCUCUGGUCGCCAGCGGCGGACUGGACAGCUUUGGGCGCGUCUGGGACCUUCGCACAGGGCGUACGGUCAUGAUCCUUGAGGGCCACAGUCAGGGAAUUUAUGGACUGGAUUGGGGCGUGGAUGGGUACCGAAUCUUGUCUUCUUCUGCUGACGGCCUCGUCAAAUGUUGGGAUCUUCGACAAGUCAAAAACACUGCCAACAUUGGAGCUCACGACAGCACUGUCUCGGACGUACGGUGGUAUAAGGGAGCUGAGGCUACUUGUUCUUUACCAUCCUCGGGAGACUCGAAUCAACAGCAGCCGAAGAAAUCCGGGACUUUCUUCGUAACGGGUGGGUUCGACAAAAGUGUGAAGAUUUUCAGUGCAGAUGACUGGACGCUGGUGAAAACUAUGAAUGGACAUGCAGGCAAUGUCCUCACUACAGACAUUAGCGAUGACGCCAAGUGGGUUGCUAGCGCUGGUCACGACCACGCAGUGAAGCUUUGGAGCAUAUAG